AUGGCAGCUAAUCUCUCAUUCCAAUUUCAAUAUUCAAAAACAAGUAGAGGAAAAUGUAAGACAUGUGGUGAUGUUAUUGAACAAGGAGAAAUAAAAGUAGGUAGAGAAACUAAAUCAAGAUUCCAUGAUGGAAUAGAAGUACAAUGGAAUCAUCUUGAAUGUAUAGAAAAUAAAUAUAAUUUCAAAAGUACUCCAUUAUCAACAAUGAAAGGAUGGGAAAAACUUAGAUGGGAUGAUAUACUUCAUAUUAAAACAAUUGUAGAAGAUGAUGUUCCAAUUGCAACAGACAAAAUAGAAAAAAUAAAAAAAAAGAAUGAAAGAUUUUGGAAGGCAAAAGAUAAAUUAAGUGAAGUACAAGCAAAAUUACUCAGAGAAUUAUUAACAGAAAAUGGAAUUAUUUAUGGAGAAAAAAUUGAUAAUGAGAUAUUGUAUGAUGCAGCAGCUGAUAUGUUAGAAUUUGGAGUAAUGGAAGAAUGUCCACAAUGUCAUGAAAGAAAGUUAGAGAAUCAUAUUAUUAACAUUGUUUGUCGUGGUAAUAUGACUGAAUUUGUAAAGUGUGAUUACAAACAAAUGAUAUUGAUUCAAUUAAAAGAUAUAAAGCAAGUAUAG